AUGGUCAGAUCACUCGCUGUGGCGCUACUGGACCAACGAUUUGUCCUGCAACCUACUGGUGCCAUAUUGGCGCAACUCUUGAAAAUUCGGUUCGUUUGUUGCCCUGGUGCGGGAAUACCAUGUAUUCAAGAACUGGAAAUCGGUGACGGAGACGCGCAGCUGGUACGAUUCUACUACGACUCAGCAAGACAGUCCUGCCAGCAGUUCCAGUACUCUGGACUUGGCGGCAACCAGAAUAACUUUCUUACAGUACGGGAUUGCGAAGCACGAUGUCCAGGUACGCACGCACAUCAAUGA